AGUAAUUACAAAAUUCCAGGGGCGGGAAACCAAAGAGCAAAACACUAGUUUCUCGUUCGAGCUGGAGAAACUUUUAUUAACUCUUCUGUUUUGUCAACUUUUCAUUCGCCAUGUGUGAGAAGAUCGAGACGGUGAACAGCUGGCUGGGCUCGGUGUUCGGGGACCAGCCGGUGCCUCAGUUCGAGGUGAACACCAGGACCGUGGACGUGUUGUUCCAGCUGAGCCGCUGCAGUGAGGCCCGCUGCGGGGACACGGCUCUGCUCAUAGAGGACAUGAAGCAGAAGACAUGCGAGUAUCAGGCGGAUGGUUCACAUCUGCAGGAAGUUCUCCUCCAAGGUGUCGGCCUGUCCAGUGCCAGCCUGUCAAAGCCCGCUGCAGACUACUUGUCGGCCUUAGUGGACAAUGCUAUGGUGCUCGGAGUGAGGGACACAUCAUUGGACAGCUUCAUGCCGGCAGUGAACAACCUCACCAACGAGCUUCUGGAAGCAGAGAAGUCCAACAGGCGACUGGAGAGGGAACUCAAGGCGCUCAGAAAGCGACUCGGAGCCACUCUGGUGCUGCGCAGCACUUUACAGGAGGAUAUCAACAAAAGUGUUAAAGCUCAGGCAGUGGAGAGCGCUAAAGCAGAGGAGAGGCUCCUCAACAUGGACUUUGUGAUGGCAAAGGCCAAAGAGCUGAACAACAGACGGGAGAAGGCCGAGGCUCAACUCGUGUCGAGGAACAUGGACAAGUCCGUCAGCCACCAGGCUAUUGUGCAGCUCUCUGAGGAAGUCACCGCUCUGAGACAAGAAAUUAUCCCCAUGAAAAAGAAACUGGAGCCGUACAUGGAUCUCAGCCCAAACCCGUCUCUUGCUCAGGUGAAAAUAGAAGAAGCAAAGAGAGAAUUGGCUGCUGUUGAUGCCCAACUUGAGAUGAAUGUGGAUUUCAAGUGAAGAUGCUUUGUAAUUUAUAAUCUGUUCUGUUUUGAGCCGGAGCUUUUCUGUCAAUGAUGAAGUAAUAAUAAAGUUUAUCGGUGAUGCA